UUCGACCUGAGGGCCUCAGAAGUGUUUUGUCUAUUUAGGCAGUUGUUAUACCACAUUUGCAGCUAUAUAUACAUGGACCUGCCUGCUCGCAUUGGCAAAUACCCAGGGUAAUUGUCUGAAGAUACGUUUUUUCAAUUGUAAAACGAGGUCGCGUGGCGAUUGUAUUUAAUGGACCUUUUCCAUUCCUUUUUGCAUGAUUUGAAGAUGUAUAUUCGAGUAUUUCAUUUAACAUUGUCGUUAUUUUGCAGCAUUUUAGAAAACUAACCAAUCUAUUUCAACCGAGUACAUAGUUUUUGAAGCUCUAGUUUUCUUCUUGCAAAUACGGAAAUAAUCAUUAAAAAGUUUGAAUGUGGGACCAUCGUAAUUGUGUGCCACUUGAUUACCUUACCUUUCCCCUGUCCCCCUUCCCUGUACUCCUUCCCUGUCCUUUCAUGUCCUUUCAUGUCAUUUCCUGUCCUUCUAUUUUGAGUCUUUGUAACCCAAUCGUCCCUUACGCAAAGCCCACAAAGCAUACCAAGCCGUGAAUAGGCCUCUAGUUGUACACCUGCUUCGAAAUCUGCUGGAAAGUUGCUCAAAAGUUACCAGAAAGUUGGAAAAAGCCAAAAGCAGUGAAUAAACUGUGAAUUGGCCAAAGCCGGCAAAAAGUCAUAUUAUUUAGUGUUCAUACAACAUCUAAGUGAAACCAGCAUGGCACAGAUACCAAAAGGCUUUGAUUACAUCAAGUCAGUUCCAUUCUUUUUAAAGAUUGGUGCAUUUAUUUUACUCUUUAUUGCUCUUAUCACCCUUGGAGUCUUCCUUGAUAAGGGUAGUCAAGAUGUGACUUUAACCAACCACAAAAAGGUUGACUCAUUUGAUCACUGGGGGAGGAAAGGAGGUUUAGACUUUGGAAUGUUUGUUAUUGUGGUAUCCUGGCUCCAAGUUAUACUGCUGGUUGUAUUGUUUGUUACUGGACUUCAUGAAAAAAUAUCUGUUAUUAACUGGCCAUUAACAGUUGCAAUCAAUAUGGUCAUCUGGGGUUUGUUGCUGUUUAUUUCUGGCUGUGUUAUUGCAGACACAGCUGUAAAAUAUGAUGAAAAAAAGUUCUCUUAUAGCCCAUGGUCUUUUUGCGAUUUUCUCAAACUAAGUUGGGUUAAUUCAGAUGCUAGAUGUGGUCAUCUGGUUGGUUCUGCAGCAAUUUGUAUCAUAACCACCAUUGUCUUCGGCGUGGACGCUUUCUUCAACUUCCAAUUAUGGCGUGGCAAGGAAGCACCAUCAGCAGGUCCAGCGGCUGUUCCAACAUAAACUACCGUAGCAUGGAUGUCAGCCAUCUUACCUUAUGCAUUUACGCAUCACUAGAUAUUAGGCAUAAAAUCAUCAAAAUUUAUUUCUGGGUAGUAUUAAAGUUUUCUGUGUUUGUCAAUUUCAGCGAUUUCAUGGACAUCACGUGCAGUUCAUGUGAUAAUUCUGUAAAAGUCCCGCGUAAGCUCCCGAAAUAUCCCGAGAUUUCCUAAAAAUUCCCGAUAUUCCCUGCCCAUAGUUCCCAGUCCUCUUUUAAUGAUUAAUCUGGUCUCUGGGAUUAUAUGGAAUCUUGUGCGGCAAUGUGUAAGGCGCAAAAUGCAACUAGAAAUAAAAUUAUACAGCUGAAAAUAACUUCAAAUUAAGAAGGUUUGACGAAAACUUGGUCAGGUUUACCGAAAUAUUGACUAUUAAUUAAGUUCUAAUUAAAAAUCCCGAGAUUUGCAUUUCAAAAAAAAUCCCAAAAAAG